AGCACUACUGUCUCUCUCUCUCUCUCUCUUUUCCAAAAUUUGAAGCUGGAAACAGCACUACUCUCUCUCUAAAGAUCUGAAACUAUUUACAAACCCAUUUUUAACUUUUGGAGAUUCGCUCUCUAACUUUGGCUGUGGGUACUCACUCAUCUUCCUCGCCUCAUCCUUGUUCUGUAAAUCGGCAUUUGAGAUCAUCACCAAUUUUGUAGCAAAACUCCCAUUUUCCAGCAACAUAUAUACCCCAUUAGGAGGAACUCUUAACCUCAUCAAAUUAUUAACAAAGAUUUGUCAUUUCCAACAAAAUUGGCCAUUUUUACUUGAAUAUACUAAUUGGGACUUCCUUGCUCAUUUUCCGAUCCACAAGUAAAUCUCGAUUAGUUUGGAUUUGGAGCUCAACUUUGCUUGCUUACUUUGGAUCUAAUUUUGCUUCUCGUCGAUUUUGUUCUACUUGAUGAUAUUUUGGCUAAAAUAUGCAAUCUGAUCAACGGAAAAAGUCAGAUGUAGAUUUCUUCACAGAAUAUGGUGAAGGAAGCAGAUAUAAAAUUGAGGAGGUUAUUGGAAAAGGUAGCUAUGGUGUCGUCUGCUCUGCUUUUGACACCCAUCUAGGAGAGAAAGUUGCCAUUAAGAAGAUAAAUGAUAUCUUCGAACAUGUCUCCGAUGCCACACGCAUCCUUCGAGAAAUUAAGCUUCUCAGGCUUCUUCGUCACCCAGACAUUGUGGAAAUCAAGCAUAUUUUGCUGCCUCCUUCUAGGAGGGAAUUCAAGGACAUAUAUGUAGUGUUUGAACUAAUGGAAUCGGAUCUCCAUCAGGUCAUUAAAGCAAACGACGACUUGACUCCAGAACAUUACCAGUUUUUUCUUUAUCAGCUUCUUCGAGGCUUGAAAUACAUACAUACAGCUAAUGUGUUUCACCGAGACUUGAAGCCAAAGAAUAUCUUAGCCAAUGCUGAUUGCAAACUGAAGAUCUGCGAUUUUGGUCUUGCAAGGGUGGCUUUCAAUGAUACUCCCACAGCAAUAUUUUGGACAGAUUAUGUUGCAACAAGGUGGUAUAGAGCUCCCGAAUUGUGCGGGUCCUUUUUCUCUAAGUAUACUCCUGCGAUCGACAUUUGGAGUAUUGGUUGCAUAUUUGCCGAGCUUUUGACUGGAAAACCUCUAUUUCCUGGGAAGAACGUUGUUCACCAAUUAGACCUCAUGACAGAUCUUUUGGGAACCCCACCUCCUGAAACCAUUGCAAGGAUAAGAAACGAGAAGGCUCGACGUUACUUAAGUAGCAUGAGGAAAAAGAAGCCAAUCCCUUUAUCCUACAAAUUUCCGAAUGCAGAUCCCUUAGCUCUUUGCUUAUUGGAAAGAAUGCUGGCUUUUGAUCCCAAGGACAGGCCAUCUGCAGAAGAGGCUCUUGCAGAUCCAUACUUCCGUAACUUAGCUAGAGUUGAGAGAGAACCAUCGGCACAACCGGUAACAAAAAUGGAAUUCGAAUUUGAAAGGCGAAGGAUUACAAAGGAGGAUGUUAGAGAGCUGAUAUACAGAGAGAUUCUUGAAUACCACCCAAAAAUGUUGAAGGAAUUCUUAGAGGGAGCUGAACCUACUGGCUUUAUGUAUCCUAGUGCUGUUGACAAAUUCAAGAAGCAAUUUGCAUAUCUCGAGGAGCAUUAUGGAAAUGGAGCUGCCGCCCCACCCGAGAGACAACACUCGUCAUCUUUGCCUCGGUGCAGGCCAGGUGUAUUAUAUUCUGACCACUCAAACCCGGCGCCUGCUGAGCUCGCCAAUGAUCUCUCUAAAUGUUCCAUUGAAGAAGCUGAGACACGAUUUCCUGGCCAAGUCCCUCAAAAUAUCCAAGCCGGGGCAGCUGCAAGGCCCGGGAAGGUGAUCGGUUCAGUUCUGCGUUACAAUAAUUGUGGAGCGACAGCAGCAUCAGCAGAGACUACAGAACAGAGAAAAGUAGUUAGGAAUCCUGGCAUACCUGCUCAAUAUCUCGUUCCCGGCUCAUCUUACCCAAGGAAGCACCCGAGCUGUAAAAAUGAAAGGGGUGAGGAUGGCCCCGAAGGAUCCAACGGGAUGCAGCCCAAACCCGAUCUAUACGUUGGUAGAAAAGUCACUGCCCAAGGUGGAAAUGGUAGCCACUGGUAUUGAACUCAAGGGUUCUACAUCAACUGCUGACCGACUGAUUCCAUUUGCCAUAUUCAAGGUCGUACGAGGUCAUUUAAUCAGUUGCAAAUCCAAUCAAAGUCGAGUUUCAGGAAAAAUAUGCUAACUCCACUAGACUCCUUGUUUAACUUGCAAUAUGCUGAGGUAAACUAGAAAUGGUUGUAUAGUCAGCAAUCGCCACUUCCAUGAAUACUUCUCCCCCGUGCUCAUCGAUGCCCCUUCAGAAACAAGUUAGGGAUUGGGAAGAAAGACUGUGUUUGUAAUAUUAAUAAGUGAUAUUCGAUAAAUCAACACCGAUUCAAGAACUCAGAGAGGAAAAUAUGGCCUUUCAUGUUGAGAAAUUGCAGAGGUGCUCUGUGUUAGCUGUUUUUAUACUGGUUGCUGUCAAACUCGCAGCUGAAAGACUGUUUAUUUGUUAACGUUUAAUUAGUUAGUUGUAAUUCCUAAUUAUUUUCAGUUUCAAA